CCAUCCAUAACUCAAAAAGAGUCACUUCCGUGUCACAAAAAACCAAACACACAUAGAACAGAGGAAACCAUGAAACCUUCUCUUCAUCAACCACUUCUCUUCUUCUUCUUCUUCUUCUUAGUUACCGUCCUCCCAUUGAUCCUGACCGUCCAUUCUCAAUCAGACGACUCAGAUUUCAUCCGCACGAGCUGCAACACCACAUUAUACCCUGACGUAUGCUUCUCCUCUCUCUCUUCCUUCUCUAGCUCCGUCCACAACGACCCUGCCCUCUUGGCUCGAGCCGCAAUCUCCGUUACACUCACCAAGUCCGUCGACUUAGCCUCAUACCUCGCGAACAUCACCAUUCCCCAGCCGGAGAGCCAAGACGAUGGUGGUGGCCACCACCCAACCGCAGCCGCAGUUUUCCAUGACUGCUUCGACAACGUUAAAGACGCGGUCGAGGAAAUGAGAGGGUCGAUGAAACAGAUGAGGGAGCUGGUCUCGACUGGCUCGCUCGAGUCGUUCAGGUUCCAGAUGAGUAACGUGCAGACGUGGCUCAGUGCGGCUUUAACCGAUGAGGAGACUUGUACGGACGGGUUUAAAGACAUUCACGAUGAGCCGAGGAAAGAUGAAGUAUGCGCACGGGUCGAUGACGUCAAAAAGAUGACUAGUAAUGCGUUGGCUCUUGUUAAUCGAUGUGUUGAUAAGGCAAUACAUUGAUCUUUUCUUUUCUCAUUAUUCCCUAAAUUGAUAUUAUUCUUCUUUCUUCUUUUUUUUUCACUUGGAAAAAGAAAUUAUUGUUCUCACGCGUGCAUGAUAGAGAUAUAUAAUAAGAUAAGCCUAUUUGUUAUUGGCUGUUAUGAAAUA